AAAGCAAAGCGAGUGGGUGAGGAGGAAGGAAGGGAGGGAAGAAUAGAAUGGGAUCUGGAAGUGGAAAACACACUGGAGAGUUCUUCAGGAGAAGGGAUGCAUGGAGGAAGCAUCCGAUGCUCACCAAUCAGCUCCGCCACGCCACCCCUGGCCUUGGCAUCGCCGUCGUCGCCUUCGGUAUCUACCUCGUCGGCGAACAAGUCUACAAUAGGCUCUAUGCUCCCGAUCCUCAUUCGAUUUCUCACGUAGCUCUUCUGUUUUCCCUUUUUCAAUUCACUUCACACACUCCUUUAUCUUAUUGAGAAUCUAUUGAAAGGGAUUGGGGGAACGGAACGCACUUGCUCUAGGUGAAAGCCGGGGAUCACCACUAAACGUUUGGACGGACGCACUCCAUUCCAUCAUCACUUAAUAAGCUUGCUAGCAUGUUCUCGCAGCCUUUAAUGUUUAAAUUUCAGACCGUGUUCGCUUCUUUGGCACUCACUAUGUUGUCUUGUAUGCCUACAUUUUAUGCCUUCAAUUUGCAUUCACAAUGAAACUCAAUUUACUUUACUUUUUUCUCUA